UCUAUUAUAUUACACCAUCGUUCAGUAGUAUGUAGUGCUUGUUUUUAAUUAAGCACUUGUCAAAUGAAUCAUAUGUUUGGAGUAAUUAACUAUGUCAAUGUUUGUUUACUAAUGACAGUUUCAAAAAGUGAAUUCUAGUUUUUUUUAAUAUGAAUAUUCCAACAAGUGCUGGAAAGUCUCCGUGUAAGCGACAGGAAAAUGGCGACCAAACAAUGGAAUCUGAACGCCCACUUAAAAAGGCUCGUUUUGCGUGGCAAGUCAAAGGAAAAUAUCAUUUGAGGAAUGAAACUUCGGAGAAUAUUACCUUUAGAUCCGAUGAUUUGGGACAAGCCGGUUCAUCGUCAGGAAAUGUUUCAUCAGAUCUUGUUGGAAAUACCGAACAGAAUUUAGAAAUCCUCGGGGAUUAUUUGUUGAAGCAGGACUUUAACACGUUAGAUUCUGUUAUAACAGACAACGAUAAAACUUUACCGAACACGAACACGUCCAAUGACAAACUGGAGUAUCCUUUAUACGUUAGCUCUUAUAGUCGAGGGUCCAGCAGUAGUUCUAGGAUAUCAAGUGAUAGAUCAUAUUCAGCAUUACCCGUGUCAAUGGUUCUGUCACCAAGCUACACAGAAGAUCAAUGCAUAGCAAGGUGGCAAGCAAGACAGAUGGCCAAAGGUUUUGUUGACAACACAAUCAACCGUGUUUUAGAUUCCUGGCUUGUGGCGCCAUUACCAGCUGAGAUGGACAACAAUAGAUUCCUAGCAUUGGAUGUUGCUGAAUUUAUAAAUAAUUUACCAGGUGAUAAUACUGUUGAAAAUGAGGGUAUUUUGAUGGCAAUAUCAGCACAUGGACUACAGAACACUUCAACAUCUAGUGGUUCUAAAAAUAGUGAGUCAGACCAAAGUGAAAUUUUGAACCAGAAAAAUGAAUGUAUGACCCCACCAAGCAGUCCAAUACAAUCUGAUGAUGAUACAACACAUGAAACCUUCACUACAGAUGACCAUAUAGAUAGUAAUUCAAGUAAUUUAGACAUGACAUGGUCAUACUCCGAUGACACAAUGAGAAAAAAUGUCAACAAUCUAACACAAUUAGCUUUACUACCAGACACAAAUCCACAAUACCAGUAUUUUAAUGAGACUGAUAAUCUCCAAGCUGCCAACAUAGAUUAUGAUAAUAUUAGGUCAAGUGAUAGUAAUUUUGACAAUCAACUAGACUUUCUAGAUGCUGCCGUAUCAUUUGCAAUACAAAAUAAAGGUUUGACAUCAUACGGAACUGAUUAUGGUUAAACAUUAUUACAUUCCUUAUAUUUAUAGAGAAUACUAGCACAAAAUAGCAAAUAGGCAAAGGUAGGGGACUGAGACUAGAUGUACAGGACUAAUUCAAACCUUAACCAGAAGAAUAGCAAGAAAUAUUUGGAUUUUAGAAAGAAAUAGAUUUGAGGUCACAGAAAAGUUAAGUCUGUGAUUACUAAGUUAUUUUUUAAUGCUUAAUAAAUAAAUUUUAUAGCUUUUGAAACAAAAUAAAGCAAUGUACUAUAGAGUUGUAUACCUAACUUGUAAUUAGAGAAGGAAAAGUGAGUAGUGCAUUAGGUAAUAUAUAUUCAGGCAUAGAUAUACAACAUAUAGAUGGAGUGUUUCAUUCAAGUUUGAUAUUUAAUCAAGUUUUGAAUGACAACACUGAGGAAAUGGGGAUUUACCCGAACAAAAGAGUGCUCUGGUAGGUUAUAUGUUAUAUAUCUAAGUAUUUAGCUUUAUAAGUUGAAUAUAGAACAUUACCAUACAGUCAUAUAGUUAGAAGGUUAGGCACUGUACUUUAAUACUGAAAUUCUAUGUAUAGUCCAUACAAAUUAACUUGAGACUAAU